CUGUUAAAUUAUCACUCAUAUCACUAUACAGCUAAAAAUGGCGUUGUGAGCAAUGAUCUUGGCUUUGUUGAGAAUUUCUGUCUCAGCGGCGCUGCAGCCGUCAUUGCAAAGACAGCCGCUGCCCCUAUUGAGAGAGUGAAGCUCCUGGUUCAAAACCAGGGAGAGAUGCUCAAAUUGGGCACCCUUGACAGGCCCUACAACGGCGUGAUCGAUUGUACCAUUCGUACUUUCAAGUCGGAAGGUCUCUUGCCUUUUUGGAGGGGCAAUCUCCCGAAUUGUCUUCGUUACUUCCCAACACAGGCACUCAAUUUUGCUUUCAAGGAUAAAGUGAAAGCCGCUAUCAAACCUCAUAAAGAUGACCCUUAUGCCGUUUCUUUUGCAAAGAACGUUGUUAGUGGCGGCAUUGCCGGUGCUUUAUCUCUUGUUUUUGUAUACUCCUUGGAUUACUGCCGGACGCGACUUGCUAGCGACACCAAAUCGGCGAAGAAGGGUGCUACCCGUCAAUACGACGGCAUGAUCGAUGUUUACAAGAAAACUUGGAAAACGGAUGGAAUUGUUGGCCUUUAUCGAGGUUUUGUCAUUUCAUGCAUCGGUAUCAUGGUCUAUCGUGGAUUUUACUUUGGCCUUUACGAUACCAUUAAGCCCAUCUUCCUUGGUGAAGACGCCGGUGUGACUAUAAGCUUUAUUUUGGGCUAUGGUGUUACCGUGACUGCUGGCUUAUUGUCCUAUCCAAUCGAUACUAUCCGUCGUCGCAUGAUGAUGACCUCAGGUGCCGCCGUCAAGUACAAGGGAUCAUUUGAUUGUGCCGUGCAUAUUAUCAAGGAAGAAGGCCCCAUGUCCCUGAUGCGCGGAGCCGGGGCCAACAUUCUCCGUGGUGUUGCCGGCGCUGGUGUGCUUGCUGGGUUUGAUAAAUUCAAGCAGGUGUACAUCGGAUACCGUCUCGGGAAGCCUGUUGCCUGA